GUUGUGAUGGUGCUUGGCGCUGGUCGCGGUCCGUUAGUAACUGUAUGCCUCGAGUCCGCUGAUGUUCUGAAUUGCAAAAUUAACAUGUUCGCGAUCGAAAAGAAUCCCUGUGCUAUAAUUACUUUAAAUUCACUUAACGAAACAAAAUGGGAUAACAGAGUUACGGUUGUGUGCUCAGACAUGCGCGAUUUCUAUCCGGGGAUCAAGGCGGAUAUCAUCGUUUCAGAGUUACUCGGUUCGUUUGGAGACAACGAGUUGUCGCCCGAGUGUUUAGAUGGUGCCUUACAUUUAUUCAAGGGUCAGUUCUUAACUUUCUAUUAA